AAAGGUUACCCCUUUUAUUUUCUCUCCCAAGUUUUUUUUUUUUUUUAACCCAUUACUAAAACAGUUCUUCUGCAAUACAAUAUAGUAUCAGCUAGACCUAGUAGCUAUUUGAGGCCUUUUCUCUUUCUCUAUCUGAAGUAGAGUCAUCUUUUUUUCUUUUCCUCAAAAAAGCUUCAAUCUAUCUAAAUUUGGAGUCUCUGUUUCUUACACCGAGAUACAAAUAGAAUAACACAAAGUGACAGUUUUAAAGUUCUUUUUUUUUUUUUUUUUGGUUAGCAGGUUGUGUGCAAUAAUCACUAGGGCAUGAAAAUCCCCCAAGGGCUUAACUUUGAGUCUUCCAUUCCAGCUCCACCAUUGUUUAUAGGAGAGCUGAAAGAUGGAGAGAACCAGAUUGGAUUUAAGAUUUAUCACUCUGGAUCAACAGAAUCAGAGGAAUCUGCUUUAGGUUUGGAAAGAAAUUGCUGCAAUCAUCUUAAUUUGCCUUCAUCAAGUCCUUCACCUCUUCAACCCAUUGCAUCUGCUACUCAGCAUUCUGAGAGCAAUGCUGCCUACUUCUCAUGGCCUACUUCAAGUCGAUUAAUUGAUGCUGCAGAAGAUAGAGCAAAUUAUUUUGGGAACCUACAGAAAGGGGUAUUGCCAGAAACCCUUGAACAGUUGCCAUCGGGGCAGCAAGCAACCACCUUACUUGAGUUGAUGACUAUUAGGGCAUUUCAUAGUAAAAAACUGCGUAGGUUUAGUCUUGGCACAGCAAUUGGGUUCCGUAUUCGACAGGGUGUUUUGACAGAUAUACCAGCUAUUAUUGUCUUUGUCUCUCGAAAAGUUCAUAGGCAAUGGCUUAGCCAGUUUCAAUGUUUACCUGCUGCUCUUGAGGGGCCAGGUGGUGUGUGGUGUGAUGUAGAUGUUGUGGAGUUUUCAUAUUAUGGCGCACCUGCAGCAACUCCCAAGGAACAAUUAUAUACUGAGUUUGUAGAUGGUUUGAGGGGAAGUGAUCCAAUCAUUGGUUCUGGUUCACAGGUUGCCAGCCAAGAGACAUAUGGAACACUGGGUGCUAUUGUGAAGAGCCGAACAGGGAAUAGGCAGGUAGGUUUCCUCACAAAUCGGCAUGUUGCGGUUGACUUGGACUACCCAAAUCAGAAGAUGUUUCAUCCUUUACCGCCCAGCCUUGGACCUGGAGUGUACCUUGGUGCUGUAGAGCGGGCAACCUCUUUUAUCACAGAUGUCCUUUGGUAUGGAAUCUUUGCUGGUAUAAAUCCAGAAACAUUUGUGAGAGCAGAUGGGGCUUUUAUUCCCUUUGCUGAAGAUUUCAAUAUGAACAAUGUAACUACAACUGUAAAAGGUGUAGGUCAGAUUGGUGAUGUUCAUAUCAUCGACUUGCAGUCUCCGAUUAGCUGUCUUAUUGGAAGGCAAGUUGUCAAAGUGGGAAGAAGCUCUGGCUUGACCACUGGGACAAUAAUGGCAUAUGCUUUAGAGUACAAUGAUGAGAAAGGGAUCUGUUUCUUUACUGAUUUUCUUGUUGUUGGGGAGAACCAGCAGACUUUUGACCUUGAAGGUGAUAGUGGAAGCCUCAUUCUAUUAACAGGUCAGACUGUGGAGAAGCCACAGCCUGUUGGGAUCAUUUGGGGUGGGACUGCUAAUAGGGGUCGGUUGAAACUCAAAGUUGGCCAACCCCCAGAAAAUUGGACUAGUGGAGUUGAUCUUGGGCGUCUACUAGACCUCCUUGAACUCGAUCUCAUCACAACCAAUGAAGGGCUUCAAGCUGCCAUGCAAGAUCAAAGAAAUGCUUCUGCAGCAGGGAUUGGUUCUAUGGUUGGGGAGUCUUCUUCCCUGGUCCAGGUUCCAUCUAAGGAUGAGAUUGAAGAGAACUUUGAGCCAAUUAAUUUAAAUAUCCUGCAAGUUUUGGCUGAAGAUGAGCCCCGGCAAGGACUUAUACUACCAAUCCUGCGUUCUGAGUAUGGAGCAGAAGAUAGGGUUGAAGCAGCUCCUAACAUGGAACAUCAAUUUAUUCCGAGUUUCAAUGGAAGGUCUCAUGCUCAUGAUAAUAACCAACGGGAAAACCAGGAAUCUAGAAAUCUUUCAGCAUUAAGGAAUGGCUCAGAUGAGGAGAUUUAUGUUUCACUGCGGUUGGGUGAACCUGGACCGCUUACCAAAGACAAGAAAAUAUUCGGAUUCCUUGUGUAGCAUCAAAGACUCGAAGUGAAAGAGCAAUGGAAUGGAGUGAGAAUGCUUGAGGAUAUCAUAUCAAAAUUAGGUCACACAAUUAUUUCUGUUAUGGCAUCAAAUUACUAGGCCUUCCUCAUUAUAACAUGAAAAAAAAAAAAAAAAGAAAAAAAACUGAGUGUAGAUCACAUACAGGAAUUUGAGGUUCAUCCUUUUCACAAUUAUUUGGUUAAAUUAUGACGGUAGGUUUAUCUAUAUGGGUUAUACGGUCUUAGUAGAAAGAAGAAUGUUGAUGUAGCACCUAUGCUAUAUUUCUUUGAUUCGUGUUACUAUGUGGAAUUGUUGUACCAUAAGCACUCCCAAAGUGGGAGUAUGAACAGCUAUCAAGAAUUAGAAACAUGGAAAUGUUAUAGUUUUGGCUUAGCAAAAAGGUUGAUGAAUCUCUGCAACCUGAUUGAUAGCAAUUGGGCUUCCCUGUAAUGUUGCAGAAAUUGUUUUAAGGUCAAUGCCUUUGCAUUA